CUAAGAAGGAAAAUUGAAAAACAGAAAAUGGGGUGAAAUCCAAUUCCUCUCUCCCAUACUGUUCCCACUUCCCGCCGGCCACCAGUCUCCAGUCGCCUCGCCGCCGUUCGGCCGCUGAGUUGCCAUUGCUGAGGCCGUCGUUGACUUAAUUCUUCCAUCGUCGUCACGCCGACCCAAGUCCUCCUUCCUAUUCAAUUUCAAAAUCCCAAUUUCAACUUCAAACUCAACCAUUUCGCAAAAUCUUGAAAUUGGAGAACCUUUGGUUAUCGCCUCAUCAUUCAUGAAGUCUACCCCAGUAACAUCGUCAGAUCCUUGCUCUUCUUUCGUGAAUGCAUCACAGCCUCAACAGACUGCUGAAAAAAGUAGGCCCAUUUCAACUAAUGACCUGAAUACACCAUCUCAAGCUUCAAGUGGCCUGCCAAUAGUGACCGAGUUUACCAGUCAAAACAUCAAUGGACCACAGUACACUCCUUCAAGCAAUUCACUUGUGCAGUCCGCGACAUCAAUACUUCAUGGAAUACCCACUCAGGAGGAGCCUAAUGGUAGAGGCAGUGAGACUAAGUUGCAGGUUGAAGAAGCUAAUGGUUCAGUAGCCCCUUUGCUGCCACGGAAGAACCCCAGGGAUUGGGUCAAUAUCACCUCACUGUCACUUCAUACGGCUCAAGGCAGCAAAGGUGAUGAGGUCAAAGACAGUUGUAGUUCUGUACAAAUUAUGGAAAUAAAUGAAGACAUGCAUGCCCUGCUGAAUCAGCACGAAGUUGAAGUCGCUGCAACAACUGAAAGACGCAAUGCUGAUGUUUUAGCACUACUGCCAAAGCUUCCUGCUGGAGUUGAAUAUUACACAGAACCUUCACUGCGCGAGCUGGCAGCUAAGGAAAUGGCAGAAGCAGGAUUCUGCAGGCAUGUGAAGGACUUUGUUGUGGGAAGGCAGGGUCAUGGAAGCAUCACGUUUCUUGGAGAAACAGAUGUCUGCCAUCUCGAUGUUGAAUCCAUCGUGCAGUUGAACAAUAGGAAAGUGAUCGUUUAUCCGAACGGGAGAAAGAAGCCACGAGAUGUGGCACAGGUUAACAAGACGGCUGAGGUCACUCUGCUCAAUGUCAAAUGCAUCAGCAAAAAGACAGGAAAGAAGUAUGUCGAAGGGCCGCCAGUUGAGAGUUACAAAGAGAUCUUGGUCAAAAUGAUUCGAGAACGUGGAGCGGAGUUUGAUUCAUACGAUCCAGUUGAAGGGGAACUGAAAUUUAAACUCUUUUAACUAGACUAAUCUGAAUUAGGAUCAUGUGGUUUCUUGGCUUAGUUUUGUCUACUAGUUAAACUAGUACUACUUGUUUUAUAAAUAUUCUUAUUAAUCUUUGAGUUGCAAAAAUGUGAAGGUUGUGAAUA